AAAUGGUAGGUUCCGAAUUGGGGCGUUUACCACAUUUCCGAACCCACCGUAAAUAUUUUCCCAUAUGACUUUUUUUAUCUUCUUUUUUUUUAACCACUUGCAUGUUUUAUUUCUCAUUCUUGGUUUGUAUUCUAGUUCAAAAACUCUUUUUGCAUUGAAAAUUAUCAAUGAUCUUAUAUAAUCAUAAUCCAAGAUUUAUCUAAAAUUCGUAAGGAAAUAUUUUGCUGUAAAAGAAAGGGGUGGGCUGCUUUCAAAACGUUAAUAUCAAAGAAAAAAAAAGGAAAACAUUGACUUUUGACUGAUACUAAUCCCGCCAAAAUUCAAGCUUUAAACAAAUGUUUUCCACCAAACCUACCACACAACACAAACUGAUAUAAAAAGGCCAACUUCGAUUUCAUCGCAGAAAGACACACACCACUUUCUGAGAACCUGAGAGAUCGAGAUCAUGGAGAAUAUCUUCUGCUGCUGUGGUGGAAGAAGGCGGAGGAGCAAUGUUCCUCCGGAGGCGACGGAAACAACUCCUCCUCAACCACAUCCACCCAAGAUUCCAGUUAAUCAAUCUGUAUCCUCAGCCGCGACGUCGUAUUAUCCGCCGGGAACUAUGUCGAAGCCGUACGAUCAUCCGAUGCCGCCGCCUCGUGAUGUCGUGGACGAGAACCCCGUCACGAUUCGCAACGACACUAAUCUGAUGAAGGAGACUCUGAGCCUCGAACCGGACCCGGUUAACCCGGGUCGUCUUCUCGUUGCAUUCACGUUUGAUGCACUCGUCUCCGGAAGGAUCACAGUCGUUUUCUUUGCAAAAGAAGUCCCAGAGUUCCAGCUCACAGCAACAAAGGCAGACACUUUGCAGCCAAUCACAUUUGAUUUUGAGAAAGGACUUGAUCAGAAGUUCAUACAACCAUCUGGAACCGGUGUGGACUUAUCGGCGUUUGAAGAUUCAGAGCUAUUCAAGGAGGCAGAAACAGAUAUUUUCCCGCUGGCAAUUAAUCUGGAGGCAGCUCCAGAAGGAGGAAAGUCAUCUAGAUGCAUGCAGAUUACGCAAGUGACUUAUGUGAAGGAGGACGGUGAGAUUAAGCCAAGUGUGAUCAAGCAGUUCAUAUCGGUGAAUGGGACCAGGUAUGAGUUGCAGGAUAUUUAUGGGAUUGGGGACGCUGUUGAUGAGAAUGCAAGAAAGGAAUGCGUUAUCUGCUUGUCAGAACCACGCGAUGUGCUGGUUCUUCCUUGCAGACACAUGUGUAUGUGUGUCGGAUGCGCUAAGGAGCUAAGGUUUCAGACAAAUUUGUGUCCGGUUUGCAGACAACCUGUAGAGAGGCUUUUGAAGAUUCCGCUAAAAUAUUAAAAGCAGUGGAAGAAAUGGAGAUGGAGAUGAACAAAAUUAUUUAAGCAAUCAACUUGUGUUUUGUAAUAAUUAUGCAACAUUAUGAUCAUAUAUCUUUAUAUUCAUCAGAUCCUUUCAUAUUUUUUUGGUACUAUGCUCAUAAAUCCCAUUUGUGUUUUACUAAUUUAUAGGUCUAGUUCGGUUCGGUUUCUUUCAAAUUUGGUUAGAAUUGAACUAUAACUAAUUCUGAAAUCGCUCCAAAAUACUUCUAAGAAACUUUAAAAAUUAACAAAAAUACUCAAAGAUAUAAAUUAUUCAAAAAUGUAAUUAAAGCUAAUUAAACUACCUAAACUAACUAAAAGAUAUUCGAAAUAACGAACAUGAAAAUACCAAGCUCUUAAAUCCCAUUCGAUAUUUUUGUAUAACGGUUUGGGUAUGAGACAUAUUUUAUAUACACUAAAUAAUAUAAUAAAACUAAUAUAAAUGUUAAAUUUGAAAAACGAUUGUUAAUGUAUAUAGACUAAAAUCAAGUAUUUUUCUUAUUUUAUAAAAAUAUAUUUUAAAUAGAAAAAUCUAAAAAAUAAAACUUUUUGUAAAUUAAUAACUCUAUAAAUUAAUAAAAUACCAAAGUCCCAACAUUAUUAAUUUAUAGAGUUUUUACUGUCUUUAGGAAUAAAAAAAAAUUAAUAUCAAUUUUAUUUAUCUAUAUAUAUUAGAAGAAAAAUAAAUUAAAAUAUCCACUUAAACCAUAAAAUAUUAUUAUGGUUUGGGUAACUUGCCCUCUGGGUCGUACCAGUGUAAGAUCGUAUGUAUCUAAAUUUCUUAAAAAAAGAUUUUGUUAUAUAAGUGGUGGGAUACUUUCUAUAACCAAAUUAUUACAAAUUUAAAAUAUCAAAGAAAAAAACAGACUUUGACUUUGAAUGAUACGUAGUCCCGCCAAAGUCAAACUUUACACAAAUGUUUUCCACCAACCACACAACACAAUUAAUAUAAAAGCCGAACUUCGAUUUCAUCGCAGAAAGACACACCACUUUUUGAGUCUUACAUCACUCAGUCAUGGGGAAUAUCUUCAGCUACUUCACCACAGGAUGGGGAAGCAAUGUUCCUCCAGCGACGGAAACAACUACUGUUCAACCACGAUCACAUUCAGCGACAAAAACAACUACUGUUCAACCAAGAUCACAUUCACAGAGUGUAGUUAAUCAGUCUAUAUCCUCAGCCUCGAGGUCGUAUUAUUCGGCCCAUUCUUCCCCCAGAACAGAGUCGUAUCGUGGCGGAGCAAGGUGAAAUUAAGUCAAAUGUGAUGAAGCAGUUGCUAUUGGUGAAUGAGACCAGUUAUAAGUUGUAGGACAUUUAAUAAUAUCCAAACUUUAUGACAUGUAAUGUAAUAUUAUGCAACUUUGUGAUCAAACUCGUACUUUUAUUUUAUACAAUCCUUCUUUGAUAUA